CCCUAGAAAACCUCCAUCGUCAUUCUCGAUUGAGGGAGAGGGGGAGAGAGAGAGAGGAGAAACGAAAAAUGGUGUGGUUUCAGUGCGAGGACUGCGGAGAGAACUUGAAGAAGCCGAAGCUCGCCAACCAUUUCCGCUUGUGCUCUGCUUACAAGUUAUCAUGUAUUGAUUGUGGGAAGAUGUUCGAUCAAGAGAGCGUUCAGAGCCAUACUCAGUGCAUGACUGAAGCGGAGAAAUAUGGUCCAAAAGGUCAAGGAAAUGUAUCAAAUAAUGGACAAACAAAGAUCGAGAAGCCUAAGAAAAAUUCAGACGUUGAUAUAAAUGUUGGUUUAUCUUCACAUGCUCCUUGGUUUUGUAGUCUCUGCAACACAAAUGCUACAAGCAAACAGGCUUUGCUGCUCCAUGCUGAUGGCAAGAAACACAGAGCAAAGGCACGAGCUUUCCAUGCUUCUCAGAAACAAUCCAGUCAAACGGAGGAGACAACUCCUAAGGUGAAGGAGGCUGUUGCUGAUGAUCAAUUGGUGAAAUCAGUUGAAGGAAAUGGUUCUUCUAACAAAGUGCAAGAAAGUGAUCUAUCAAAAGACUCUGAUGCCCAAAUCACCAGAGAUGACAAAGACAAUCAGAAAAAGAGAAAAGUUGAAGGAAAGAAUGCUGCUGAUUUAACCAAUGGGGAGGUAAUACAAGCAGGAGAUUAUGAAGCAUCAAAACGUAAAACAAAGAAAAAGAAGAGUGUAGAUGAAUCGUUGAUUUCUGAAGAGCAAGAAGAUAAGCAAAGGGUGAAAUCAGUCCAUGGUAAAAUUAGGUGGAAGAAGUUGGUUACUUCAACUUUGAAAUCGUCGGAUGGCGUUAUGAAGAUCAAAAAGUUACAGAAGCUCAUCCUUAAAGGCCUCAAGGAAUCUGGUGUAACUGAGGAUGAGGAGCUCCUUCGAGAUAAGCUCAUGCAGGAGAUUAAUUCAACGAAUCGAUUUUCGAUUGAGAACAAACGCAUUUGCUUGGUGGGAAAGACCGGAGAAUCCUGAUUAUUACUACAGAUAGCUCUUUCGCGAAUGUUGCCAUGUUGCGGGAAUUUUGUGACUGCUAUUUGAUAAGGGCGUGUUGGAUUUAUGCGCCCAUUCUUGUGCGUUAUUGAUUGACACGAGAGAGUUUUUUUUUUUUUUUGAGAGUAUGAACUUAGUCAGAUCUUGUAAGCGACUGAAGACGGUCUGAUUCAAGAUUGUACUCGAUGGGAAAUUAUUUAUGAUUUGAUUUAAUCAAAGGUUUUGUAUCUGCAUUUUAA